AUGUCGAUCCCCCACUCCCUCUACAGUUCGCCCGGAAGCUCGGCCCCGGUGUCUUUUCCACCGUCACAAGGCACCGUGUCCCUCAAUGAGGACGUUUUGCACGCCAUCGCCUCCUUUCUCGAUCCCAAGCACGCCCUCGCCCUGUCCUGCGCCUGCAAAGCCGCUUACCGCGCCGCCAUAUCCCAUGUACACACCCGGAUCACCAUCUCGCCGAGAGCCAUCCUCCCCGCCGAGCAUAUCGCCGCAGAUCUCCUUCGGUACAUGCUAGGACGCGGUCCCAUGUCAUAUUCCUUCCGCGCCAACACUCUCCGGCACAUAUCUUUCUCGCCCAACAACGGAGACCAGGUCAAGCAUAUGGUGAUGUCCCUCAUCCAGAUUCUCGAGCACGCCCCCAACGUCCUCAGCAUCGACACCGACGUGAGGCAGUUCUCUUACGAUUGGCUCGAAAAGUUCUCCGAUGCAGUUGGCCAAAUCCCCGCCCUCGAGGACAUCUCGCUCACGAGCCUUGGCGUGUCUGCGACCUCGUUCCUAUCUCGGUUCCUUGCGAGUCCCAAGCUCGCCAAAGUCUCUUUGUCGUUCCGGCUGCCAAUCCCACGACUGGAUGCGCUUAUAGCCAAGGCCUGCGUUCACCGCGUGCAUUCCGUACUCACAUCCCUCUCAUCUGUCCACACUCUCAAGCUUGCGAUAGAGGGCAAACAGUGGGACACUUCCGAACUGCCCCGGGACGUCGGAAUGCCCUCGGUUCGUCAUUUCCACCUGUAUUGCCCAUCUCCGGGCGUGGCCGCCGGCAUCAUUCCCUUCUUCCCGAACCUCGACACGCUCUUCCUGCGAGUUUCGGACCCGAUCCCCGACCCAAUAUGCGCCAGCCUUCAAGGUCCGUGGCCCACCAUACGCCAACUGACGACGUACUAUCCCCUCCGCCUUCAAUCGGGUGGCCCGGGCACUGUCGGUCGCGUCGAACGGCUGGUUCUCGGACACCGGGACAAGAUAACGGACGAAUACACCCUUCUCCGCCUCGUCUCCCUUCUCUCCGUCUUCCGGCCGACGGGGCUCGAGUUCACGAUGGAUUGUCCCAAGCCGUUCGACACCUUCACCUUGUACUCGGCGCUCAUCGCCGCGCCGCAGCUGCGCUCUCUCCACCUCACCAUCAACCUCAACAGCCACCUCGUCUCGAACAUCACGAGACAGCUCCUCCCGGCGCUCAAGUCCCUCCCGCUCGUCUACCUCGGCCUCCACUUCGAGUCCGACGUCCGCGUGUGCGGCACGUGGGUCCAGCACCCCGAGCUCGCCGCCGUGCGCGCGGCGCAAGGCCGGGAGCUGAACCGCCUCUGGAGCCUGCCGUACGUGCCCGCGUACGUCGCGCAGGAGCUCCCCUCCCUCCGCGUCGUCCGCGUCGGCCCGUGCUUCCCCGGGGGACACGCCACGCUCGUGACGGCGGCGGGGUGGCACGACUCCGGGACCUCGAAGGGCGUCGUGGGCGAGGAGGACGCGCGGGUGGACGCGCAGUACGUCGAGAAGGUGGAGGGAUUUAGGCGGCAGUGCCCGCGGGACGACCGGUGGUGGUGGGUCGAAGAUCCGGAAGUCGGGAGGAAACGCGAACUCGGCGAGAUGUUGAGGGAGGAUGGAGAGCGGGCGCGGAGGAUCAUCGAGGGCGCUGACUUCGAUCCCGAGAGGAGCCUGAAAGGUUUCUUUGUGGAAAAGUGUCGCUACCCUGUGCCACCGGAGAAUUGA